UGACAAGACCCAGGAGGGCCUGUCCUCAUCAAGUCAAGAUGAAAUUCCCUCUACUUCUGGCUCUUCUAGUCGGGGGAGCAUUCGCUCUUCAUCUAAGCUCUGAAGCUUCUGACUCCAAAAGCCCACUGGUGGAUGAGAGCUUGCCUCGGGAAGCAGAGAUAUUAAGACCGGAAGUAGAAGAAUGCCCUCCUGGGGAACAGCUAAUGUCCCUGGAGGAGGAGGAGGAAGAAGAAGGUUCUGGAAGUGAAGGUGCUCCUGGAGAUGAAGGAGCUGUCUCAGGUCAGGAUGUGACAGAUGAGAACCUUCAGUGCCCCAAGGAGGAAGACACAACGAGUCUGAUGGGUGACUCUGGAUUCAAGACCGGUCGCUACCUCCUAGUCAGGAGGCCUGAGUGCUUUAACAAAGCUCAGUUGGUCUGCCGGAGCUGCUACCGGGGCACCCUUGCCUCCAUCCACAGUUUCAGUGUUAACUUCCGAAUCCAGUCCUUUGUCAGGGGAAUCAACCAGGGUCAAGUCUGGAUUGGAGGCAGGAUUGUGGGCUGGGGUCGCUGCAAACGCUUCCGAUGGAUUGAUGGAAGCUCUUGGAAUUUUGCAUACUGGGCUGCUGGGCAGCCUCGCCGCGGCGGUGGCAGAUGUGUGACCCUGUGUACCCGAGGAGGCCACUGGCGCCGAUCUGGCUGUGGCAAGAGACGCCCCUUCAUCUGUGCAUAUUAAGCUGGUCCCAGCUGGGAGUUCAAAUUCAUCCUCUCCUGGGUAACUGCCUCUUCUUUCCUGCGAGAUGUCCCUCGUCUUUCACCUCCCUAAAAUAAAGCCGCUUUACUUAAACAGA